UCGGAUCUAUGUAUCACCACUAGCCAGUCACAUCUUAUCACUCAGUAAUGCUUCUGCAUCUUCUGAACACUGGUGGAAUUCAGUAGGACCUCUGAUACAGAUGUUAGCAAUGAUAACCGACGUUUUCCUUGUUUCGAUGCUUCUUCAUUUUGGAACUAGAGUGACUUGUCAAGAAUCAAAAGAUAUUUCCAUUAACAGCUGCUCCUUCUGCCACAGCAACCUCUCUGUCAGUUUUGUGGCACAUUUGAUGAAUUAUUUACCAAAAGGCGUAAUUCCUAUCCUUAUAUUUGACAAUGGAUGCACUGAUCAAGUUUCAAGUUCAAUAGUGGAGGAGAUAUACGUGACGUCAAAAGGAAUACUUUUGCAGUCCAUCACGUUUCAAUCAUCUGACGAGAUCGAUUCCGCAGUUACUAGACUACAAGAAGUUAUCCUGACGAUGUCCAAACGAACACAGGAAAUUUACGUCUUCUGUGUUUGUCUCCUCCAUCCCGAGCUCGUGCCACUAAUUGACAAGAUGUUCUACAAGUUUCCAUGGGUUAGGUGGGUAUUGCUAACUGUAGACAAUGAUCAUUCUUAUACAUCCGAUCCUUCGUUAUUCCAGAGGUAUCCAGUGUCAGCCUGCAAAAUCGCCCUGUCGUAUGAGGAAUCUUUAGCUAAUGCAUACUGUACCAGCAGACGUUGUAAAAAAACUGAAACCAACUUUAUCAUCGAUGGUCCCGAUAUUGAGAAUAAUAAUUGUAGCCAACGGAUACAAAUAGGAAAGUGGAUUUCCAAACGUCGGAAACUUCUACCCGGGAAAUCUAACGACUUCUUCCGUUUCACAAAACGCCCUCAUUUCAGUGGACGAGAAAUAACUGUAGCAUCAGUUCAUACUUUCCCGUUUUUCGCCCAUGAAUAUGAUUCAAAUGGCAAUUUGCAUGUAAAGGAAGGUAUUGAUUUAAAAAUGAUACAAGCUUUCGCUCAAAAGUUCAACUUCAGGCUACGCCAUGUGCCCUCUAUAGACAACAAAUUUGGUGCAAAACUGCCCAACGGAAGCUGGAAUGGUCUGAUUGGAAUGAUUCAAAGACAGGAAGCAGAAAUCGCUGUAAGUGAUAUAGGAAUGUCAAACUCACGUUCAGAAGUAAUAGACUUCACUUAUCCCUACGUAAAUGAUCAGAUUAAUUUUCUUAUACAAGCUCCUCGUGAAAAGCCUCGCGCUUUAGCUAUCAUCAGACCUUUCAGUUUGGAGUUAAGAUGCUUCAUGCUUCGAAAGUUACAUAUCAUCAACAUACAUCAGCUGUGUGAUCGUAUUCACGAUGUGGAGAUUGCCAUCUAUGCCGAAAUCACAACCUAA